UGUAGGACCGUGUGGUUGUGAGGGAUAUAGCAGACCAAACAUGUGUUUCAUGCGCCGUACAUAGUUCUAAAUAAUCGUCUUGUGUUCUUUGGAGUUAAACUUAACGCUGUGGAAAAUGUCGACUGUGAAAGUGAAGGUUGCUGUGCGGGUUCGCCCUAUGAACAGACGGGAAAUCGACCUUGGCACCAAAUAUAUUGUUGACAUGGAAGGAAACCAGACGAUACUGUACCACCAUCAGAACAGCCCCCAUGAUGGUGGAGGAGAGAGAGGCAGUGGGGCUGGUGGCAGGAAAGCACCCAAGACAUUUGCCUUUGAUCACUGCUUUUGGUCCAUUGAUGAAACAAAUCCAAAAUUUGCAGGUCAAGAAAAAGUUUUUAACUGCCUGGGUCAAGAUGUUCUGGAACAAGCUUUUAAUGGUUACAAUGGCUGUAUAUUUGCCUAUGGACAGACAGGGUCGGGAAAGUCCUAUUCCAUGAUGGGGACAUACAAGGAGGAUGGUAAGGGGAUCAUCCCUCGCCUCUGUGACGCUCUGUUUGAAAGGAUUGCCCAGAACGACUGUCCUGACCUUGGAUUCAAGGUUGAAGUGUCUUAUAUGGAAAUCUACAAUGAGAAAGUUCAUGACCUUCUGGACCCCAAAGGAAGUAAACAAAACUUAAAGGUGCGGGAACACAACAUCCUCGGUCCAUAUGUGGACGGGCUGUCAAUGCUGGCUGUGGCAUCGUUUGAAGAUAUAAACAAUCUAAUGAGUGAGGGAAACAAAUCACGAACAGUCGCCGCCACCAACAUGAACAACGAAAGCAGUCGCUCACAUGCCGUGUUUAACAUAAUCCUCACCCAGACCCGCUGUGAUCGACAAACAGGGUUGACGGGUGAGAAAGUCAGCAAACUAAGUUUGGUGGACUUAGCUGGGAGUGAACGUGUACAGAAGACCGGAGCUAUGGGGGAUCGGUUACGGGAGGGUAGCAAUAUUAACAAAUCACUGACCACGCUCGGAUUGGUCAUCUCGGCACUCGCUGACCAAAACAAAGCCAAGAGCAAGUUUGUUCCUUACAGAGACUCUGUCCUAACAUGGUUACUCAAGGACAAUUUGGGUGGAAACAGCAAAACUGUGAUGAUAGCGACUAUAAGCCCCUCGGCUGAUAAUUACGAGGAGACAUUGUCGACUCUACGAUAUGCUGAUCGUGCCAAGCGGAUCAUCAACCACGCCGUGGUCAAUGAAGAUCCAAAUGCAAGAAUUAUUCGUGAACUCCGUGAGGAAGUGGAGCAGCUCAAACAGAGGCUUUGUGUGGUACAAGUUCCUACGGUGUCCACUGAACAAGGGGAACAGGAGGCAAUCAAAAAUGAUCCAGAUCUUCAGGACCGCCUCGAAGAAACGGAGAAACUCUUCAAACAGAAAACAAAAACCUGGGAGGAAAAACUAGCCGAGACCGAGAGAAUCCACCAGGAGCGCCAUGAAGCCCUGGAAAAAAUGGGCGUGUCGGUUCAGACGUCUGGUAUCAAGGUCGACACGGGAACACAUUAUUUGGUCAAUCUAAAUGCCGACCCCUCGAUGAACGAGCUUCUGGUUUACUAUCUAAAGGAACACACACUAGUGGGCAGCACUGAUGCAGCAACCCAACAGGACAUACAACUAAGUGGACUUGGUAUACAGCCGGAGCACUGUCUCGUCACGAUCGAGGUCAACGAUGUGUUUCUCUCACCACUAGAGGGCGCUAGGACCUGUGUCAAUGGUUCCAAGGUUGUUCAGAAAACCCGCGUUCGUCAUGGUGACCGAAUCUUAUGGGGCAAUAACCAUUUCUUCCGUCUUAACUGCCCCAAACUUAACAGUCCCCAGUCUUCAGAACCUGAACAGCCCAUUGACUACAACUUUGCCCAGCAGGAGUUGAUGAGUAAAGAGUUUUCUAACGACCCAAUACAGGAGGCUAUCAUCGCAAUCGAACAACAGUACGAAGAGGACAAACAAGAGGCCCUAGAGAAGCAGAAACAAAGCUAUGAGAGGCAGAUGCAGAUCCUAAGGAGUCAGCUCAUGUCCCCAGGGACUCCCUCCAUGCCCUUCCUUCCAAUGAGCCCCAACAUGCUGACCCCCACGGGGUCAAUCUCUGCCCAGAGUAGUAUCCAGAGGAAGUACCAGGAGUGGGCACAGCAAAGGGACAAAUCCAUCAAACAGAGUCUGGCUAUUCUCCGAGAUGAGGUUGUCAAGGCGAACUCUUUAGUGCGGGAAGCCAACGUCCUCGCACAGGAAAUGGGCAAACUCACCGAAUUCCAAGUUACUUUACAAAUCCCAGCUGCAAACCUUAGCCCUAACCGACGGAGAGGAGCGUUCGUGAGUGAGCCUGCCAUUCUCGUCAAGAGGAAAAGGCGAGGAAACCAGAUCUGGUCGAUGGAAAAGUUUGAAAAUAAGAUAAUUGAUAUGCGUGACAUGUACGAGGAGAGGAAAGCAACAGGACUUCCGAUGAUGGUAGAGGACGAGCACGAUUCAGAACCCUGGGAUGACGGACCGCCUGUAAAAGGGGAUCCUUUUUACGAGUCGCAGGAAAAUCACAAUCUCAUCGGUGUAGCCAACGUCUUUCUAGAAUGUCUCUUCCAUGAUGUCAAGCUCGACUACCAAGUACCGAUUAUCAGUCAACAAGGGGAGAUUGCCGGAAAACUACACGUAGAAAUCUCCAAACUAGGAGGAUCUUUCCUCGAUAGAUACGCUGACACAAACGACGAUGGAGAGGAGACAACGGAUCCGGAACCUGUCGGGAUCGGUUCUCCGAUGAUUGUCAGGAUCUGUAUAUCCGGAGCUAAGGGUCUGCCCCCAGCCCUUUCCAACUUUGUGUUUUGUCAGUAUACCUUUUGGGGGAAUGAAGACACCGUUGUUGUUCCACCCGAGAUUCACCCCGAUUCUUCAUCACACAAGAAAUCAGAUACCAUAUCAUUCAAAUUCCAGCACAGCAAGGACUUUAAAGUGUAUAUAACUGAGGAGUUUAUAGAGCAUUGUUCUGAAGGAGCCUUGUCCAUAGAAGUAUGGGGCCACAGAAGUCCAGGAUUUGGUCUGGUCAACAAUGGCAUGGACAACAUCAUAGCAAGGUCAAGGACAUUAGCUGACAGAUGGAGCGAGGUUAUGAGACAGAUAGAACUAUGGACUGAAGUUCAUGAACUAAACCACCAGGGGGAGUAUGUUCCCGUCGAGGUACAACCCAAACCAGAGGUGCCAUCUGCAGGGGUCUUCCAGUUACAGCAGGGCCAUACACGCCGAGUAUUUGUACGGAUAAAACCGGUGGCAAACUCCGGAACUCUGCCUCUCAUUUGUGAUUCGGUAUCAUCUAUACAAGUUGGUUGUAUCUACGUACGCAACAAAAUUCAAAAAGGACUUGACAGUUACCAAGAGGUCGACCUCACACACCUGCGGGACAGAUGGUCAGACGCACUGGCGAGGAGGAAAGAUUACCUCAACGAACAACUCCAGAAACUUAUCAACAAGCAAGAUAAGUCUGACUCGGAUGUGGAUAGAGAGAGGGCAUUAAUGGACCAAUGGAUGUCGCUGACGGACGAGAGAAACGCUGUGAUGGUUCCCAGUCCUGGUAGUGGUAUUCCAGGGGCUCCAGCGGAAAGUUCCAGUGAGACCCUGGAAGAUCUCGAGGAACAUAGACCUGUACUGUUUCUAGAUUUAAAUGCUGACGAUAUGAGUACUUCUGGAGUCAAGGAGGGAUUUCAGGCGGCUGGGGUCAACUCAAUAUUAGUUAAAGAGCAUGCUUCCACCUUUGUUAAUCUUCCCAUCAUCAAAACAUUCACAGAAAAAGAUAAUAAUAAUAGACUGCAGGUAUGUGCUGUUGCAUCCUGGGACUCUUCAAUUCACGAUUCGCCAUAUCUGAACCGUGUGACACAGUCUAACGAACGUGUAUACCUAAUCCUAAAGACAGUGGUACGAUUGAGUCACCCUGCGUAUAUGGAACUUGUGUUACGUAAAAGAAUGUGCAUCAAUAUUUACAAUAACUUUAGUAUAUCUAGUCUAACGGACAGACUCAAAAAACGCAUCACGGGUGCUGAGAAGUCCUUCGCCAGCGGAGUUACCUACGAUGUCGUGUCCAACAUACCUAAGGCGUCUGAAGACUUAGAGAAUAUGGAGAGCUUAGCUCAAAUGGCUGCUUCUCAAAAUGAAAUCAGCGCUACAGAUGGGGAGACGUACAUUGAGAAAUACAUAAAAGGAAUAUCGAGUGUGGAAAGCAUCCUUACACUAGACAGACUACGACAGAAUGUUGCCGUGAAGGAACUGACCGCAUCAACAGGGCUUGGGCUUCGUAAGACGACCAGUGUGCCCAAUAUACAUGCUGGCGCUCUCUCACCUAUGAAAUUAGAAGGACAGCUACGAGCCGACAGUAUACAAGACCUGUCGCUGGACUCUUUAUCGUCAGGACAACUCGGCUCGCACCCCGCUACCCCAAAGUCCCUUCUAAGCCCCCUUGGGACCAAAGUCGCUACAGUGAAACCCAUGAUGACCCUCAUUGAGGAGCAGUAUCAGAGAGAGACUAAACCACUUCUUAGACAGGAUACAGAGGAGGACCUGGAGGAUGACGAACCGGACCACAAGCACCACAUCAGACAAGUGGAUCCUGACCCACACAGCAUCGGCUCUGACGAGUUCCAGGACUUCGAGUCCUACGAGACUCAGCAGGGCUCACUUCAGGAAGACAAUAAGGUUGUGAACUCCCAAGAGGAUGGACACAUUGUCCACUCGUCCACCACGGACAGUCUGGUGGACAUUCAGGGUAAAAACUGUACCCCGAGCCUUGUGUCCAGUGGGUAUGGAUCACAGGCCGUGUCAAUGCUAACUCUGUCCUCCGAGGAUUCUCUUAGUCUACGGAGUAACGAGGACAAUACUGAAUCAAACAAGGAAUCUAGAGGUGUUCCGAAAGGCAGUGUAGAACAGGCGAAUAGUAGUGGCGAUAGUGAUUUAGAGGAGGGAUCAACGGACUCGACUCAGGAUAAAGUUCCCGAGACUGUCGAUCAAUCGGCAGAUGAAAUGAUGGAACAGUUUACAGUUACGAAGGAAACACAUUCCAGUACAGAUGAAAGUAGUAAGGACGCCAGUGACUCUGAUGUGAGUGUAGCGUCCGUACGACGGCCAAAGCUUCCAGACUUUGAUACAACAGGCACUUCUCUCGACGAAAGCAAAGAUACCCAUUCAUUUACACAAGAUAAAAACAAGGGCGGUAACUCUACUAAAGAAUGGGUGGAUCCGUAUAGCGAAACUGCAAUGGAGGAAUUAGAAAAACUUGGGUUUGAUGAGGCAGAGGAGAGUAAUGAUUUUACGGAGCCAUCCACGGAACAAAAGGAUAUAGAAUUGUUUAUUCGUGAAGACGGAGACAGUGACCGGAAUAAGGUCCUAGCAAGUACUCCUAUACGACGGCGUGAUUUAAAUCUAUCCAAACGUGCCCGACCUUCAUCUUGUAUAGUUUCACCUUCCUCGUAUGCCGACGCUACUGCCAGUAUGAUCGAAGAGAGCAUGAAGAGGAACAGCCUCGUUCUGGACACCACUGAUGAUCUAGAAAGCUCAGCUGGUGAUGAUGCGCUAAGUGUGUGUUCAUUCGGGAGUCGCGCGGACCUUGACAGGCUACAGGAAGUCCCUAUGCCAUCCUGGAUACAGAUUGGCGAAAGUGUCAUUGUCAACUCGUCCAAAGGACCCUCAAAAACUGGAUUUGUGCAAUUUGUUGGGAAUGUUGAGUUCGCCGGAGGUCCUUGGGUAGGAGUGGAGCUAGAUCUUCCUGAAGGUAAAAAUGAUGGUUCUGUACAUGGCAUUCGAUAUUUCAAGUGUCGACCUCGUCACGGUGUCUUCGUUCGUCAUGACAAGGUUGUCUUGGACAAAAAACGGCGAGGAUCACGCAAAAUGGCAAAGCGGCAUUCCAUGGGGGCUAAACUCACUGGCUCAAACUCAAAUUUAUCACCGGGAGUUACCUCCCCUAGUGGGGGUAGUCCUUCCUAUCUCAAAGGAACCUCAUCCAGUCACGCAAAGAAAAAAUAGGCACCAUUGGUUAUCAGUGACCAUCAUUUUGUAGUGAUUUUCUCAAGAGUUCAAAUGUAAUGGGGGGAGUAAGUGUCUCUGUAGGCAAACUGACUAAAUAUAAGAUAAAGAUUUCGUAAAGAAGUCUACAAAGCACAAGGAAGGUUAUUAUAUUCUGGAAUUUCAUCAUAUAUGUCUAAAUGAAGUUUUAUCAGAAAGAAAAUCUUGAUGUUAUAUAUAUAUCUUGUGAAAAAUUCACUUGUAGCUGUCUUCUAAAGAAGAAAAAGUUCGUCAGAUCCUUGAAUAAAAUCUGUCAGCAAAGAAAUUUGUCAUCUCAUUGGGAUUACCAAAGCCUCAAACCUGAGGAAAUGUAAUACAGAGUUUGUGAAGAAACUAGAUCCAUCUAUAUUUUGUGUACAGAUGUAGAAAAUCACUUCCAAAGAAAUUCUCACUAUAUAUCUAUAUAGUGACAUUCGUUGUAAUCUUUGUUUUUAAGCUGCUGCCGUCGAUUGACGAUCUAUUGUUUUCUUGAUUAUCAUUCUGCAAGUUAAGUAACAAUAUGUUUCAAGCUUGUGUAGAGUGAUUAGGCGUUUACUGGAGGACAGUAUGAUGUUCUAUAAAAAGCAUGUCUUUCAUUACUUGAAGAUUGGAUUUGAACCAGUUUGUCAUCCCUAUAGAUUGGUGUAUAUUUUGACUUGAUGUCAAAUAUUGUAAUUCUGUGAUUUGACAUGAUCAAAACAAUAGCUAUUUAUGUGUUGUUAUUGUCUGUACAAAGGAAUAUUGUAAAUGUCAACAAAUGAAUCAGAAAAAUGAUUAACGAUUGAUAAACGUUUUCCCCAAAGAAGAUAUUUAAUAUAUAAAUGUCCAAAUGGGAUAGAGAAGUUCAAUUUUGUAGAUACGAGAGACAGAAACAACAAAAGUAGAGUGUACAUUGUAUGUAAUAGAGGUAGGUAAUUGUACAUAGCAGUAGAGGAAAGUUGUGGAUUUUUGGUGAAGAUGGAACAAAAGUUUUGUUACAGGAACCAAUAAUGUGACAGUUGAAGUUUACAUCAGGACUUGCAGACAGUUGCUGGUCUCUAGGUAAAAAAAUCUAAUCAUAAUGUAUCUAGCUGAUAAAUAGUCUGGUUGUUAUCAUAAAAACUAGAUGUUAUAAAUCUUAAUUGAUAGAUAAUCAGCAGAUAUAUCUGUCUUCAAAAUCCAAGGGUUCUGCUCUCUGUACCUUAUCCACAGUCUUAGAUUGUGGCCAUAGUGUAAGGGUAUGUAGUGUCUUAGGGACAUAUCACAAUGAUUUUGUGACAGCUAAAUGGUUGGCUUUGAUUUUAACUCCAAUUUAGUAUUCAAAAGACAGGUAUAUUAAUAGUCUUACGUUUAGUCCGUCAGAUGGAUAUAGCUUGGUAGUCGUCUCUGUAACAUGGAAUAUUAAAGUACUAUAAAGGUCAGAACUCUUGGAUUUUGAAGGUGGCAAAUGUCCUGGUUGCCAUAGCAAUCCAAUCAACAGGUGUUCUUGGUAAAAAGUCACACAUGGCGUUAUCACCAUGAAAUAAACACAGUCAGCCUAGAGCUUUGGGUCUAGUUGUUAUAAAAACCAUUGAAUGUUCUAUGUUAAUGGUAACAUCCCGUUGUCAUGGUAACCAGUGGGUGUCCACCGUUUAGAUAUGGAGAAAACAAAACAUUCAGUGUACAAGUAUUUGGUGUUAUAUCUAAACUUCCUGACGUGUAAAUAUAAACAGAAUAUUGUACUGGUUGUAAAUUCCAUGGUUGGUGUUGUAGCUACUUGUAAAAAAAAAUCAUGCAUUCCAGUAAUUGUGUACAGUAAGCACCAAUACAAAACACACUCUGGAAAGAACAAUAAUCGCCAUUUCUACGUCUGCCAUAAGUCCACCAUUACAUUUCAUGAAUGUCUUCACACCCCGGCAGUCAGAAUAGACAUCUUUGAGUUAAAAUUCUUUUGAAAUCUUUCUGGUUCAAACUUUUCUCAUGCUGAAACUUAGAUAAUUAUAAUGUUUGAUCUCGGUUAAAGAGGUUCACAAUUGUUCAACACUUAGUGAUUUUUCUCAUUUUUAACUUUGUGGAGUAAACCUUUCUCAUGUUGUAAGUUUACACUGCAACCUGUUGCGAGAAUCCUAUAUAGUUAUACUAAAAUGAUUUUAUCGUGAGUUUAAGCACAUGAUUAGUUUUAUUAGUAAAACCUUGCUAGUUACUAACAGAGUCUGUAUUAUCGUAAACUCCUGCUGAAACCUGCUCUUUUUGUUGUGGCUUACCCCACAAACCGGCACACUUUCAAUAUUUCAAUAAUGUUUUAAAUCGUUG